AUGAGGAUCAUUUUCAUAUAUUUCUGGACCAUCUACAUUCUUAUUAAUUUCGUCGCAUCUUUGGAGGAUACUCCUGUAAACAAUAGAAAAUUAGACAAAUUUGAAUACAGUAAUUACUUUGAUUUCCAUUUUAAUGGAAAAAAUAAUCCGGAUAUCGAUCUUAAUACGUAUCAAUUGAUAGCGAAGUAUGGUUAUCCUUCUGAAGUACAUAUUGUUAUAACCGAAGAUGAUUAUCUUUUGACGCUUCAUAGAAUUCCAGGGAAACCAAAUUCACACCCCGUAUUAUUGCAACAUGGUUUAUUAGCAAGUUCCGCGGAUUGGGUGAUUUCCGGUCCGAAGAAGGCUCUUGCUUAUUUAUUAGCCGACGAUGGAUAUGACGUAUGGCUUGGAAAUUUUCGCGGUAAUACGUAUUCAAGAGCACAUAAAAAUUUCUCAACGAAUGAUGCUAAAUUUUGGGAUUUUAGUUUUCACGAAAUGGGUAUAUAUGAUUUACCAGCGAUGAUAUCGUAUAUUACCAAUCUGAAAAAAAGCAAUUUGACUUACAUUGGUCAUUCUAUGGGAACAACAGCAUUUUAUGUAAUGUCCACCUUGAGAGUUGAUAUUACUAGCAGGGUUCAAAUGAUGUUUAAUCUUGCACCAGCUAUUUAUUUCGGUCAUAUGAAAAGUCCUGCACGAUUUCUUGCACCUUUUUCUAAUAAUUUACAGUUUCUCGCACAUUUGCUUGGACAAAAUGAGUUUUUUCCACAAAGUUCUAUAUUAAAAUUUUUCGUUAAAUAUAGUUGCGAUUUGAGUUCACUGGGAGCUACAGUAUGCAGUAACGUAUUAUUUUUAAUUACUGGAUUCGACAAAGCACAAAUGAAUAAUACGUUACUACCGGUAAUUUUGUCUCAUGUGCCAGCUGGAACUUCAACUAAAACAUUUAUACAUUUAUUGCAAGGAGUUAAAUCCGCUAAUUUUCGGCAAUUUGAUUAUGGCGCGAAAAGGAAUUUACAAAUAUAUAAUAAUAUUACACCACCUGAAUAUAAUAUUUCUACAAUUACAGUACCUAUGGCAUUAUAUUAUGCUCCAAACGAUUGGUUAGUUAAUGUUAAGGAUGUUCUUAAUUUAUCAAAGGAAUUAAGAAACGUCGUUGAUAAGUACAAAAUACCAUUUGAAAAGUUUAAUCACCUCGACUUCCUGUGGGCUAUAGAUGCACGGAAAUUAGUUUAUAAUAGAAUACUACAUACAAUGAAAGGAGAGUAAAGCAUAUUGAUAAUUAAAAAAAAAAAAAGUAUUCUUGACAAUUACAGAUGCAUAUAAAUUUUCAUGUUUUCUUCAAUAUCUUCAUAUAUAUAAUAUAUAUCUGUGUUAUUUUUAUAAAAUAUUUUUUCUGA